AUGCGCAACGAUCCCCAGUAUUAUGUGCUGAAAGAAGACGAAACACCUUGCAUUUUCGGGCCUGUGCAAAAGCAACGGUGGUCAUACGCUUGUGCAAAGCAGCUCAUUGAAAGGGUCAUCUAUGCUGAGGGGGCCGAAAAUGAUCUCAAAUUCACCAUCGUCCGCCCGUUCAACUGGAUUGGUCCGCGUAUGGAUUUUAUCCCUGGAAUUGAUGGCCCCAAGGAUGGCGUGCCUCGCGUUCUUGCUUGCUUCAGCAAUCAACUUCUGCGCGGAGAACCAUUGAAGUUGGUUGACGGUGGCAAGUCACAACGGACCUUUGUGUACAUCAAGGAUGCAAUCCGCGCCGUGAUGCUUAUGAUUGAGAACCCAGAGCGAGCAAACGGGCACAUAUUUAAUGUCGGAAACCCCAAGAACGAGGCUAAUGUUCGUGAACUGGCCACGAUGAUGACACGGAUCUAUUGCAAAGUGAGCAAGCAAGCAGAGCCUGCAACACCCACAGUCGAUGUUACAUCAAGUGACUUCUAUGGAAAGGGUUAUGACGAUAGUGACCGCCGAAUUCCAGACAUGACGCUUAUUCAGCAGCAGCUGGGUUGGGAGCCAGAGACUUCCUUGGAAGAGUUGUUGGAUGCCAACAUGGCCAACAGAAAGGCGUCCCUAGGGGGCCACCUGCAGCCCAUGCUCAAGGACUUCCAUCACAUGUGCAUGCGCGUGCUCCUCCUCUCUCCCCACCUUCCCUUCCCCCCACCACGUCCCAUUCUCACCCCUACAGGCCAACAUGGUCAACAGAAAGGCGUCUCUAGGGGGGCACCUACAGCCCAUGCUCAAGGACUUCCAUCACAUGCGCAUGCGCGUGCUCAUUCCCACGUACCCUUCUCGCUCUUCUCAACUGCCCUCUCUCACCCUCCUCAUCUCCCCCACCACCGUCAGGCAAACAUGGCCAACAGAAAGGCGUCCCUAGGGGGGCAUCUACAGCCCAUGCUCAAGGAUUUCCAUCACAUGCGCAUGCGCGUGCUCAUUCCCACGUAUCCUUGCCCUUAUGAGGAGAGGGUGGGGGCGUGGGGCGUGGGAGGGAAGGUGUGUGUGGGGACGUGGGCCAUGGGGGCAACACUAAGGGAUUUCCACCACAUGCGCAUUCGCGUGCUCAUUCCCACAUACCCCUGCCCUUAUGAGGAGAGGGUGGGGGCGUGGGGCGUGGGAGGGAAGGUGUGUGUGUGGGGAGGCUUAGGGUGUGAAGAGGGGAAAUGUGUGCCCCAGAGUGUGGGGAGAAAGUGGGUGUGUUUAAUUCCAACAGCCGUUCAAGCCAAGCCCGUAGUCUACAGUGUGGGCAGUGACGAGGAGUACUCUUUUGAAGAGUCAAUGUUUCGCCACUACCGCUCGCAGCCCUACACACUCGACCCGUUUCUCUCCCCGCAAGCCCAGGCGCGCAUGCAGCUGCUGCGCUUCCUGCACUUCCACUCGCUGGGGCUGACUGGAAAGGCUUCAUUGGGUGACUACCAGAAGUGGAACCCCAAUGCCACGUUCCGCACUCUGCCUGAGUUGAUGCAGGUAGGCCGCACCGCACGUGCCUCCCCCUUGCUCUCUUAA